AUGGACACCCCAGACUCCUACUCCAGCGCCGCCUACUCCUCCGACGACAGCCGCCCGCAACGCCCUCCCCGCCGGCGCUCUCGCUCCUCCGACGACGAGGAAAAGACCAAACUCACCGACAUCGGCCAGACCCCCGAGGUCAAGGAGUUCUACCGCAAGAGCCGGCGCGACCUCUGGGAGGACUGGGCCCCCGAGUACGUCGGCCUCGCGGGCUCCGCUGCCGCCUCGGCCAAGUUCGCCCUCAUCGCGCGCCGCGAGGUCAACGUCGAGGCGACCGACGGCAACGUCCUCGCGCUGCACUCCGUCAUCGUCAACAGCCCGCACAUCAAGCGCGCGCUAGGCGACGUGUUUAGCGGCUACCCUGGCGUCAGCACGACGUUGAAGAAGGUCGAGUUCAAGGCGCCGUUCCAGCCGUUCUUCCACCGCUGGCGGGCGCUGCAGAAGUGCGUGGAGGAUGGGGCGGACGAGCUGGCGAGGCAGCAUGUGAAGCUGCUGUAUGAUGUGCUGGCGCCGGAGAUCAAGCCGCAGAUUGAGCGCGCGCGGGACCUGCGGAAGAAUGAGGUUGUGUCGUUUGAUUACCUCUGGACGCUUUUCGAGCCUGAUACGGAGGCGUAUGCGCGGGUUGACGACCAGGAUCGGUUGUUUCUCGUCAAAAAUGCGCGAUACGAGCCGCGGUCUGAUGGGAGCGUUGUGUUCACACUGAAGUGUCAGUUCGUGGAUACGGAUGGCAUUAGAUUCGGGCUUGCUUCAAAGGUGUUUGAGGUUCACAUGUUUGAUGACUUGUUGCCGAUCCGGGAGCUGGCGAUCUAUCCCAGUAAUCUGCACCCGGGGAUGAUGAAGAUCCGGGAAAAGCUUGAAGCUAGAGGGAAGUUGUUCGAGAGCUACAAGGGGUUCCAUUACAAGGGCUAUUCAGGAAUGUUUGAAUUUGGGCACGGAGAUUUCAAAGGUGUCGAGAGACGACAGAUUGAGCAUGGCCGCAUCAUCAUCGACGGCGAGUCGUACUGCCGGUACGAAUACCAGGCCGCUCCUCGCCUGAAGAAACUGAGGGACCCCACGGCUGAGAAGGAGAAGUUGGGUGCUCUCAAAGGACGGAUGAAAGGCCGCCGGGGGAGUUACGGCUUGCCGUAUAGCCCGCCGCGUCGUGGCAGAAUGCGAUAUGUCGAAUCCGCAACAGCAGGCCUGGCGAAUGAGGCAGACAAGGAGUUGACUGCUAACCAGCGAGAACUUGCUUCGCCAAUGGUGCGGGGUUUCGACUUGACGUCGAAGAAAUGGGGGCUAUUUUUCAUCGACUCGGUGACAGAGGUCGAGUGGAACGAGGGGGCUUUUGACCAGCUCGUCUUGCCGCACGACUACAAGACCAUCGUGCGUGCUUUCGUCGAGGCACAAAUGUCUUCAGCCAGUGGCUUUGACGAUAUAAUUCGUGGCAAAGGCCAGGGAAUCAUCAUGCUUCUUAGCGGAGAGCCGGGAGUAGGAAAGACGCUCACGGCAGAGUCGAUGGCCGAAGCGAUGAAGAAGCCUCUCUACGCCAUGAGCGCUGGCGAACUAGGAAUCACCGCCGACGACGUGGAAGAUUCCCUCCGUCGCGUCCUUGAGAUGUGCACCAAAUGGCAAGCUGUGCUGCUCCUCGACGAAUGCGACAUCUUCCUCGAGAAAAGACGAGCUUCUGACCUCCAGCGCAAUCAGAUUGUCUCAGUUUUCCUGAGACUGUUGGAGUACUACAAAGGCGUCAUGCUCCUCACCACCAACCGCGUGGAAGCUUUCGACCCGGCCUUCGAGUCCCGCAUACAUCUGACAAUCAACUAUCCUGCGCUCGACUUUGACUCCCGGCUGCACGUCUGGAAGGUCUUCAUUAACCGCCGCAAGGUUGAUGAGUCUGGAGCGCUGGAACCCCGCCAAUCCCGUCUCGAGGAUGAAGACUUCAAGGCUUUAGCAAAGCUUGAACUGAACGGUCGCGAGAUCAAGAACGUGGUCAAGACGGCGUCACUGCUCGCGGUGCGCAACGGAGCGCCGUUGGGAAUUGAGCAUUAG